UUCCAGCAAAAUCCAAGGUCAAAGAACAUUCAAGCAGGAGAAUAGAAAGAAAGAAAAAAAACAAAGGGGAAAGGGAUGUCGGGAAUCCGAGGAACAACGAAUCUGUCCGAGGAGAAGAAACCCAAUGUUGAUAGAGAGCGCAUCGAUCUCAAAGUUACAGACCAGGAGGGGAAGGAGAUGUUGUUCAAGAUAUGGAGGGACAGCCCCUUGAACAAGCUUAUGAACGCCUACUGUGAGCAGCGGAAAGUGGUUCCUAAAACCUACGUGUUCUUAUAUGACGGCCAAAUAAUCCAUCCUCUCAAGACUCCAGAUGAGCUGGAGAUGGAGAAUGGAGCUGAGAUCGCCGCAAUGCUUCAUCAAACCGGUGGCUGCAGCUUGACCAAGUACUGAUGAAUGCCCCUACAACAUCCCAAAUGUUUGAACAAGGGUUUGUAAGAUAUAGAUAUAUGCCCAUAUUUUGUUAAGCAAACUUACUGCAUGAGGAGGAGGGGUUUCUUUCUCUUUGGUUUUGUUGAAAGAGGAGAGUUUUUGAUUAGGUCCUCUAUCUGGCUAGGUCGAGCGUAGUUUGAUAUGGUUUCGUGGUUUGAAUCUAGGAUGUGUAGGAUGUCAUGUAUAAUCCUCGGGUUUUCCUAUGACUUACUGGUUAGCGGGGGAGGCUUAACCUCUCUAUUCCCCGUCGUUCGCUUGUGGAUGAAUGCUUAUUACGAAUGGUGCUUGUUGUUCAUAGUCGGUAAAACAUUUAGUAGUAUUCUCGUAUUAUUAUGGAAUCAUCUCAUUGUCCAUCUCUCAUUGUUUUCAUUCUUACAGACUAACUGCAUAUGAAAUGCUUUAGUACACGAGUUAAUGAAUAGAAAGAUGGUUUUAUCAAGUGUUGGUACUCCUAUUUAGUCGGAGCGGAUUAUGUUAUAUCCAUGUAUUACUUGCAACGCUACUUCACUGUGUAUUUCAUGUUGUUUAUGCAACUAAAUAACGAAUUUUUUUUUCCAUUGAAAUUUAUUUCGUUUCUACUUUCCUGUGAUUUAAUAACAUGAUUAAACCAUU